AUGGCUUCGCAGAGUUCGGCAUCGGCGAAAUACUCAGAAGAGACCAUCGACCACAAGUUCCCAUCAUGGAAUGGCGAAUGGAGUCGCUGGACUGAGUACAAGUUGAGAGUGGAGCUUCGCGCAGACAGUUUGAAAGAAGAUGAACGAGCCUUGCUGGGCCCUCGGCUCGCUGGCAAUCUGGUUGGCCGGGCUUUUGAUUCCAUCAUCGACAUUGACAAGGAGAAACUUAGGCAACAAGAUGGCUGGAAGUUUCUUCUGACCUUUUUGGAAGGAACACAGGGCAAGGAGAAGAUUGAUCUACUCGGUGAUGUCUUUGCUGACUUCUUCCUGAAGAAAGAGGUUUUCCGCAAGGACGGAGAGGAACUGUCAGAGUAUGAGCCUAGGUUCAGACAGUUGCUUCGUCGCCUUGAGACCACCUUAGCUGAAUCUGGUGCAGAUGGGAAGAUCCCCAGUGAAGUUUUUGGAUGGUAUCUUUUGAACAUGUACAUGCGCAUGGACCCGAGUGACGUGACCAAUGUCAGGGGCAAAGCUGAAUCGUACAAGUUGAAGGACAUCACAGCCGCCCUUCACAAGAUGUGGAGCGGUGGUGGUUUAGCUGCCAAGGACCAAGACCUGAAGAAGCGUCGACGAGAAACAGGCCAUGCACUCCUUCUUGAGGAUGACAAGUCCUAUGAGGAAGCUUCAAACUCCUAUGAGCUUGAUGAGGAAGAGGAGUCCUAUGACACUGCAGAGAUGGAAGAGCUGAGCAGCUGGUACCAAGAGAGCCUGACGGCAUUCUUGGAAGAGCCCAAUGAUCCUGAGGUCCUGGCAUCCUUUCGUGAUGCCCGUCGUGCCUUGGAUCAGGCCAAGGUGGCCCGGGGCUUCUAUCCAGUUUCCAAUCCCAACAACCGCAACAGGACCUUUUCAGGAAACAAAGGUCGUGGAAAAGGAAAAUCCAAAGAUGGCUCGAACACUAGCAAAAUCUGUGUUCGAUGUGGCAAGAGAGGCCAUGAAGCCAAGAACUGCUAUCAACGUGGUCGAGCAGAACAAUCGGCUGCGGGAUCGAGUGGCAGUGGUGGCAAGGUCGGCUUUGUUGGGAUGACACAGCCUGCGAAGAUGGCUGUUGCAGAGAAUGAGCCCAAGGAGAACAUGUGCACUCCAGAGAUGAGCCAGGUAUGGUCUACUGGCGAAGGAAACAGCUUCCAUCGUGGAAAGGCAGUGAUUGACUCUGGCGCCUCUGACAAUGUGAUCGGUGUCCACACUAUGCAAGAACUGGUAGAUGUGUAUGAGAAGCUUGGUUUGAACUUUGAAGAUGAGGUGAGCAUUGAUCGAUCGAUGCACAAGCAGUUCGUCUAUGGCAGUGAUCACUCCAGUUCGGCCUUGGGACUGUCCAAGAUGAAUACUGGCUUGUUGGGACAUGAAGUCAACAUCGAGACUCACAUGAUUGAGGGCAGCACACCCUUUCUCUUGAGUGCCAAGUUCCUCUAUGAGAUGCGUGCGACCAUUAACUUCCACACGGGAGUUGCCCAGUUUGCUGCUCUGUCGGAUCAGCAUUUUCAGCUGGAGCGUGGACCUGGGAACCAUUUGAUGGUACCCAUCACUCACUUUGGUGGCAUGCAGAAGGAGAUCAGUGACUUGCAGUGUGAGCCAGAUCCAUCCGUGAAUACUCUUAGCGCCGAGACAUCUGCGGGCCACGUGGCUGUGGCUGACAAUGGGGGAAGAUCUUUGUCCAUUGGUUUGCAUAACGGUUUUGAUUUGAAGACUGUUGGUUUUGUUCAUGAACAUGAUGUUUCUGGUGUCUUUGCCAAUGAAGGGGAAGCCCCCAAUCCCGAAGACGUUUUGGGUGAAGGUGCUGGGGAUUUUUUGGAUGACCAUGAAGAACCACAUGACAUGGGGGUUGAGAAUCAACCAGAUGAUGCCCUUGAAAGACCGCAGAGGGUCGAGAUUGAUCCCCAUUCAGACGAGAAUCCCGAAGAGAACGUUGCUCGGAUCAAACAGAUGUUGCGUAAUGUUCAUCGAAAUAUGGGACACCCCGGAAAUGAGGCUUUCACUCGUCUUCUUAGGGAUGCGGGAGCUUCUGAGGCAAUUUUGAAGGAAGCCCAGAAUUUCAGUUGUCCUGAAUGUUUGCAACGGGGUCGGCGAAGUCCGACUCGACCCAGUGUUGUUCCCAAAAUCACCCAAAAAUGGUUUUGUGUGAGCAUUGAUACUUUUUGGUGGAAAACCCCCAAAGAAGCUCUUCAGCCUGGUGAGAAGCCUGAGUAUGUGGUUGGUUUGAGUAUGAUGGAUGAAGCCACGGAUUACCAUACGGCCAUUUUGGUGAAAUCUGGUAGUGAACAACCCCUUCGAAACAUCAGUGGGGAGGAUUUCAAAAGGGCUUUUUCACAGGGUUGGCUUCAGAUGUUUCCAGCACCAGCGCUUCUUCGAUAUGAUGAAGAGGGUUUCCUGAAAAACCUUGACACUGUCGCUUGGCUGGAAAAAUUCGGAAUGAAGCUUGAACCGGUGGCAGGGGAGAGCGCAUGGCAGUUGGGAAAGCACAGUAGGAACUUAGGAAGGAAAAGUGCCAAGAUCAGGAACACAUCGGUGAUCCAAUUGACCAUGGCGAAGACAGACCUCAAGGACCUUUUGAAUAUGAAAGAGACCAAGGACGCAAUCGAGAAGCAGGGAGCCUCCGAAACGAUGACUCUGGCGGAAAUGGGCUUGAUGACCCUCCAGGAUGGGAAGGUCCACCGGGGCCACACCUUCGCCGAGAUCUACAAGGACAAGGGCUACAACAAGUGGGUAGCCAGUCACAUCACCGAGAAGGGCAAUCACGGAGCCUCCAUGAAGCAGUACGCAGCAUACCUGCGUCGGCGUCUGGAAGCCGAAGUGUAUCAGACCGAACCAAUUCCAUCGGAGAAUCCAGAAAAAGGAAGCCUUCCACCUCUCUCGAAAGACCUGAACAUCAGGACGGACGAGGAAGAGAUGACGACAACGUCUCAGUGGAGCAAGGUGGAGAUUCUGGAAGAGGAGUUGGUGGAUCUUCGUCAGGGGAACGAAGCAAUCCAUUACCGCAUGGCUCGCAUCGAGGAGACCAUGGGUCAGAUUCUCCAGUUCAUCCAGAAGCAGGCAGAUCUGAGGGCUAAGAAAGGUGCUGAAGUUACCUAUCGAAAACUUAGCCAAGAGGAUCAGAAACUGUUUGAUCAGGCUAUGCGUAAAGAACUUGAUUCUUUCCUUUCUAGUGAAGCCAUUGCCAUUUGCACUUCCCAUGGAGUUCCAGCUGAUCGUAUCAUGCAGAUGCGUUGGGUCCUAACGUGGAAGAGUGGAGGUUCUGAUGAGAAAACUGGUGGUGAACAGAAAAAGGCCAAGGCUCGGCUUAUUAUCAAGGGUUUUCAGGAUCCACGUUUGACCACUUUACCACGUGAAUCACCAACUCUGAGUUCCUUGGGUAGAAACCUUCUCCUAGCUUGCGCGGCGCGAAGUCGCAUGCGUCUCAGUUCAGGAGAUAUCCGCACAGCUUUCUUGCAAGGUGAUGCCACGGAAUCCCAGGAUGAAUUGUAUGGAUAUCCUCCACCGGAAGUUCGUCAGUGGAAACCCUGCCGUGACGACGUCUUGGAUGAUGCACUCCGCACGAGUGAGGGGGAGGGCUCCAACCCGAUGCAGCAACUUCGCCACCAGAACUUCAUGCGCGGAUACCGACAUUUGAUGCCUGGGGCGAUUGUUGAGCAGGGGCCAGGCAAAGAUGAUUUCGAGCGGCCUCUGCCCCCGAAGCGACGAGUGCAGGAGCCAGGUGAAGCAGGAGCCGCCAC